AUGGGCGAGUCACUGGGACCUGGACAUGCCCGUCACGGGGGCAUCAAUGCUCAGUGGACAUCGAUCUGGAUCAAAGAGUAUCGCGGCCGUCUUCUUCCGUGGGUUGACAAGCUGAUCAACAUUGACACCUACGACUGUUUGUCGCUGGCAUAUCGACUACUCUGGAAGCUUAAGGACCUACCUCAAGAACCUCACUUGAACGAAGUUCGGAAGACAAGGAGUGAGGCGGGCGAGGUCACCAGCACCUUGAUACUGCCUCAGGAUAUUGCGAUUGACAUCAUGAUGAGAUCUAUCAUUCAGAGAAGGGCUAUGAAGGGCGAGAAAUGGGCGUGGGAGCAUGACCUAGCCGCCCUGAAGAAACAGGCUUCGCUAUUGUCGGAACCCGCAUUCACAGAAUGGUUUAUUGGCUCCCGGGACGCACUGAGCCAGUUGGGCAAGCAACGCGAAGGAUUGACCAGCGAGUUUCUUGAGCCAUUGCCGGGAUUCCAAUACGCCAUGGCACUGAAUGUUGGUUCACUGGGGGUCAAGGAAAGGCGUUCAUUGCGCGUGUUGUGCGGACAAGGUUGA